AUGCCCACCUCGAAGAUUUUGUCCCAAGUGUGCUCCAUAGUUUACACACCAUCUCGUUCUGAAUUGAACCAUUGGCUGGGCAACGUGUAUGCCACGCGAGGUGGUGCCAUAACUCUCAAGAGAUGGAACGCUGCUUCGGCCCGUUUUUUUAGCACCAGCAUUGCUAAUAACAAUUGGUUUAGAAACCGUCGUCACUCCAUUUCAUCGAAUGUUGAUGUUGAAUACCCACGCGUGAUGGGGCAGGUGCGUUCCUUCUCAACGGUCUUGAUCUCUACUAACGUGUUAAGGGCGUCAAAACCCCUAUCAAGGUUUGGUGCAAAACCGACAAGCUCCCCCAAGAGGGACAGAGGCGGGAAGCAGCGACCUGGUGCCAAAACCCGUUAUACAUCCAAGACUGUGAUUCCAACAUCAGAACCAUUCUCUGAUCAAGGCUCUGAUUUAAGCUAUGAUAAUGACAACCGGGUGAGCACCGCCACUAGUACAUCCGAUUCUGUUCCACAUUCAACUACUACGUCUUCAGGGUUGACAUCCGCAUCAGAAGGUACGGGGUGGGACUAUGAGACAGUCGACCCUGUCACCGGCAAAUCACCGAUUGAUUUGCUUUAUGAGUCCCACUUGGAACGAAUUCAACAGAUUUUGGAGAGACCGUUACCGCCGAUGCCACCUGACGGCCAUAUUAACCCCGAUUUUUUUGUAGGUUUUGCAUAUUACAAUUAUCGUCUUCGGGACGAGUACCGCGCUGUUAUCGCGCAUGAGCUGCAGGUUCCGCUGCAGGCGGUGAAGUUAUCUGUUGCCUGGAGCGGUCGCUUCGACGUGUCGCGUUUUAACCAAGUGCAGAAAGUCUGUGGAGUUUACUUGGACCGAGGGGCACUACCCGGCGCGCCAACACAUUCCUUAGAGAAGCAGGAGCCGCAGGAGGAGACUGACUCACAACUACCGACGGCAAUUCAGGACCGCAUCGCGGCUCUAAUCCGCGCUAUCAAUGCACGGCGUACGCAACACUUGUUGCAGGUACAACUAUUCCAAGCUAGUGGCGCCAUCCCCGAGGUUGAGUUCGCCUUAAGCCGCCGAGAGCAUCGGUUGCUGUCGCACCUUCAUUCCUGGAUCCAUGGGAACAUUCUGAGCCGCGGUCUGGCAGUGAUUGUGCGCGGUGGUGGUUUUGAGAACUAUCGAAAUUAUGAGCAACGACUCUCGAGGCAAGUUGACUUCAGUCGUACUGAUGAUUCAGGCUCCUCCGAUGAUUGCUCAAAAGACAACGGUGCCUCUCUGCCAAAUCGGAAUGUGUCGCCCGCGCAGGCAUACAAGGAAUGGGUCGCAAAGGAGAUCGAGGUGGAGGCACAGCAGCAGCGCUUCAUUGAUGCCAAAUGGCUUAGCCAAUUUCACAGCCGUGAAAUUGUCCCGCGACAACUUUCGAUCCGUGGGUUGGCUGCACUGGUAACUCAGGCGGUGCUGCGGGGUGACGUGGGCCCGGUGAAGAUGCCGCACCAUCGGGAAAUGUCCCCGUCUAAAGAAAGUACAAUUGACACUGGUGCUGCCCAACGGGACGACCAAGCUGCCUCGUCUAAUGAGGAGAAUGAGGAUGGCUUGUCCGGUCCUGGUGUGGCACGGGCUCGCACUGAACAAGACCGUAACAAAACACUCCUUUCAGAUGAUCAGGUGUCGCUACUUCGCUACUGUCAGGACUACUUGCAACGCGAGGUUCAAUCAAAUCGAAAGGUGUCUGAUUCGUUGUCUGGGGAGCGAGAUGUUUCUGAGACUUCACAAAUGCCGAUAUUGGAGGCGCGCCUGUUCUCAAAUGAUGACUUUAUGCGCACAUUGGAGCAAAAUAUGCAGUCAAUUGCGCUACAGUGGAUCUGCACAAUACAACGUGCACUCUUUCUGAAUAAAGAGGGGACAUCGGUUGCUGGUGGGUUCACUUCUUCGGGAGUUAGUGCCAUUCGUUUGCCUUCUCUAUUUGUGCACCGCGGCUAUGCGGGCGGUCUAGUAGAGAUGCGCUACCUAAAGAGCAACAAAGCUGCCAUGGAUGCGCUCUUACUGCAUCCAAAUGAUAUUGCCAUGAAGAAGGCCUUUGCAAGGCGGCUUCGUAGUGGUCACCAAAGACUUCGGAUUUAUGAAGAGUUGGGCAGCAGUCGACCAGGCGGGUAG